GAUCCAAUAUGAAGAGGGGGAAAGUACUUGGUUCCAGUACUUGCGUAUUCCGGAAGUUGAGCUUUUUAGAAACUUCAUUUAAUUCACAGCACAACGCACGCUAAUUUCGAGCCUACGGCAUUCAGAUUGCCUAAACCAUGUUUAAGAUUAAGUUGAGUGAUGUUUCCGGGAAUUCGUUAUUGCAAUUAGGGGCUUCAUUGAGGGCAUGACUGUCUAAUUCACAUGGCACGAUCAAUAGAGUAGACAUACACCUGAGAAUAGUUAGAUGUAAUGAGGAGUCCACGUGUUGCCUAUUCAAAUGAUUAUAAUGAGCACCACGUGCAUUUCAGCGGUGGCAGUGGCCUCACUUUCAACAAUAUUAUGAUACAGCCACAGCGUCAUGGAUUUUUAGACGCUCAUCUGGGAUUUCUUCAACUCCAUCACAGAUAUCAUAUGGAAUUUUCAAUACCUUGGAACACGUGUAUUCAUAAUGAAAAUAAGACAAAGCCAGCGGCAGUUAUAGAGGACACUGGAAAUCCAAACUGUAAAAUUAUUGAUUUCACUGUGGAAAAAGAUGACCUAAAAUUGAAGGUGGAAUUGCUGGCCUAUCAAGAGUUCCUCAAAGAAGCUGUUCGAGUGAAAUGCUGUGAAUCUGGAGCACCAUUGACUGUCACUCUGAAAGCAAGAGUUUUGGGAAAAGAUAAAGGAACGCCAGUUCUCAAGAACGGCGUUCGGAGUAUUGCCAUUGAGGCAGACGACGACGACGAUCUAUCCGACUGAAUUUUAACGUUUAAACUCAUCAAAAGUGAUUCAAUUGAAAACAGGCUGUGGCUAUGAACCGAGUAGAAAGAGAGUGCAGAGGCCUUCAUACAAAUGCAUUUUCCCUUAUCGUAGAGACUUCAUUCGGAUGCAUUCAGUGAGUGGAACACUUUCACGAUAUAAUCGCAUCCUAGAUAUAAGUCUCGAUUACUUCCGGCGAUGUGACCAUACAACAUCCUCAUCAUCAUCAUCAAUUUUAUAAUUGACAAAAAUCGUAAUCUAACAUUUUUUCCUCAUCCCAUUAAAUAUUUCCUUUUAUAAUAACACAAUACACCCUGCUCGACUUACCAUCGCCAGAAAAUCACUAUUUAUAACAAAAAAUAAAGAAAUAUGAAUAAAAAAGUGAUCGAGA